AGAAUAGUUCUGAGGUGAAAUAAAUGUUGGCAACCAAUUGGCGAUGAACAUUCUGAUCUUGCUCACUUUAUUGGAACUGUAGCAAGAAAUCCUCGAUUAUGUCCCUUGGUAUAUGAUGACUGGAGACUGGAAAAAAACGAACAGAAGCACUUGAUAUUGUGAAGUCAAAGUUCGUCAUUCCUCACCCGUUAGCAGAAAAGUACGUAAAACAAUCAAUGGGAAAAAAGUGGAACAAUUUCAAGGGAGAACUCAAACUUGAUUGCUGUGAACCACACCUUGAAAAUAUAACAAAUAUUAUUAAAGCUAAGCCUGAUUUUGUGCCCGAGGAGCAAUAGCGUUAUCUGGUAACUUAUUGGAAUUCUCCUAAAGGCAAGGAAAGAUCUGAAAAAAAUCGAAAAAGUCGUGAGGUACAAGUUAUGGCUCAUACUGGUGGAUCGAAAAGCUUUGCGUGUUAUGCUGAUGACAAGACUAUCAAUGGGGCAACACCGUCAAGAGCUAUGGUGUUCUUGGAUACUCAUAAGGAACGUAAAAUUGUGCCAACACCAAUGGAUGAAAAGUCAAAACAAGCUGUGGAACUGAUAAAUGGCAAGUUAAGUAAACUUCCAAAUGGUGUUGAGGAAACAAAUGGCAAGGUUGCAUGGGAAGGUGACAUAUAUUCCCAAGUAAUGAGUAUUAUUGUAGGCCCAGAAAAAAAGGGUCAAGUUCGUGGUCUGGGUAGAUGUCCAAAGUCCUUGUCUUCUGUUUCAUCUAAUCAAGAAAGAGAUUACCAUGAUGAUCAUGACAUAUGUGAUGAAAGAAUCCAAUUUUUAGAGUGUGAACUCAAAAGAGUGCAAGAAAAAUCGGCACAAUUAGAGAAAGACAAUGCUGAAUCUCUAACUCAGAUGAAAGAGGAUGUCAAGUUGUUAAAGGCAUUGUUGCUAGGUAGAAGAGUUCUUGAUGUCAGCACUUAGUGAACAGGUUAUUUUUUAUAAAGUGGGGUGAAUUUGUCGAUUAUUUGUGAAGCUUGAAUCUGAUUUUUGCUGAUUUUUGCUGAUUUUGGAAGUUAUGAAGAGCAUAAAUAGCCUUUGAAAUGGCUAUUUGGAUCAUGUGUAAUCAGUUUUGAAGUUGUUCAAAGAUGUAACAAGUUUUUUUUGGUACCUUGGAUGAUGAUGUAACAACGAUUAUUCAUAUCUAUUAAAUUUAUAAUUAUCUUCCUUAUACUAUACAUUUGUGUAUUGUUGUGUGGGAGCUGAAAUAUAUUUUAUGUAUUAUGGAAGCUAGCAAUUGAUUUGAAAACAUCAAGGGAGCAUGUGAUAUAAG